UUUCUUGUUACAUCGUGUAGUUCAAAGCUUGCACAAACCUGAAGAACCCGUCGGCAAAGAAGUACUUAUGUAUAAUCGGAUAUUACUUGAAUUUAUGUAGUACGAACUUGGAGACUGAAGAGAUAUGGGUUUUUAUUGCCAAGUGUUUCCCAACGAAACAAAAUUUACAAAAGUAAAAAAUGGAAGAUGGUGAAUGACUUACUCGACGAUAGCUUAGUGCACUUGAUCCUUAGAAACAGCAGGAAUGCAUUCGCCAGAGGUUGGAAGAUUUAGGCGGGUAUAAUAGUGACGGCGAGUCUUUGGUGUCCGAAGAGAUUGUGGACGAUAACAAACAUGAAGUAACUCCAGAUGACUCCGAUAUGGAAGAAAUCCAGUUACAAGAAUACGACCAGGAAGACGAAAGUGAAGAUGGGAAAAGGACGGCAUACGAAGUGAAACCGGGGAAACUAUUCUCACAAAGAUGGAAAAACUUGGUCUGCUGUACCACCACAAGCUGCCAGUUUCAAACCCACAACAUACUCAGAUACAACGAAAGCAAAGAUGUGGCCGCCUUUGCUACGUAUGGACAUAAUUUACGUGGAGACAACCCACACCAGAAGGCUUCUACAAACCGACGUAUGAUAUUCCUUCUUCAACUUGGUGAGCACCUGGCAAAAUCUGAAAUAGAAGUAGGGGCUACUAAUAGUCGAAUAACCAGAAUAUUCUCUACGCGCAACGCCAUUGAAGCAAUAAACGCCGGUCCUUUGAGGAUAGUGGAUGUAUCACUAGGAGGUGAUGCAGAACGUGGCAGUACGGGUAGAAUAAAAACAAAGGUUAAUUGUUAUAUAUAUGCCUCAAACGACGCCUAACAAAAAAGCCUGCAUAUUGUGCAAAAAACUCGUUUGUGCAAAUGAUUCUACUAAUUUACCGAAAUGCAAUAGAUGUAACUAAAAAGUUUGUUAUUUCCAAUUUAUUCAUAUUUUUUUAAUUUUAAAUGUAUAAAGUAUAAUAUUAUAUUAUCAUUAUAUUCUUCCACUAUUUAAAGAAUUUGAUUCGGGAUAAAGUUUACUUUUCAAAUGUAUCAACAUAUUUGCAUGCGUUUUCACAUACAUACCCGGGUAUGCAGCUUUUGAUGUAAGGGUUAAAAGUCGGAAAAUGGUCCAGGUGGUCCAAUCUCCCUCAAUAUGAUGUAGAAUACUUGUGUUGAGGAUAUCAUGAAAUUUCAAGUUAAUCCGAUGUAUAGUUUCUAAGAUAUAGCAAUUUCAAAAAGCAAAACAUACCCGGGUAUGUUGCUGUUGACAUAAAGGUUAAGAUGGCGUCCUAAACUUGGCUGAGCACGUUGGAUUCGAUGGCCGCUACUACCGUGUUUAAUCCGGCGUUACCGUUCCUGAUCGAGGAAUUCCCGAACUGUUCUUAAACCUGCGCAAACCAUAUUUCAGGUAGUUCUGACCAAAAAGGAGGCACCUUAACCAUAACGCGUUGUAUGACAUUUAUAGGCUCGUUUUCGUCCGCUGAGCCAACUGUUGAGUUUUGUGACAUUGCUGCUCCGUUAUAAAAUUGUUCUCCUCCCGUAGGAUUAGUCGACUUAUUGUCUUCCGGCGGCUACAAUUUUUAGAGAUAUAACCGCGUGCCGCGUUUGUUUAAAAAAUUGUUGCCCUUUUAUGAAUGUGGUACUGUGGUAUUUUACGGCGAGCGCCAAGAAAAGACUUAUUUAACCCAAACUGACCACUUAUUUUUCGUGGACUAAUCUAAAACUUAGCUAUACACAUUUUCAAGAAACAGUUACUGGAAAUUACUAAGAGGGUUGCUUUAAAGAGUACUUAUGUUGUAUUAAAAACUUAAACUAAGGAAAUAUUUUUAUU